UGGCCCAAGCUAUUGAGUAAGAAGGUGGCCAACCUCCAACAAUCUUCUCUCUCUCUCUCUCUCUCUCUCGCUCUCUGGGUGUGUCUAAAGUUUCAUCAUCAACCAUCAGACUAAAAGAAAAUUAUAAAAACAAAAAAGGUGAAAGGUGGGACGAAAAGUAAAUCCUGGCCACCGAGAACCAGAUUCAAAGUUCUAGAGGUAGAAAGUGGAACCCAAUAUUGAAGAAAAAUUUUCAAAGGAUUUGAAGGAAAGAAGGAUGUUGUGGUAUGGGAAGGGAAAGGGAGGUUGAGGAGAGAGAAAGGUAGAAGAGGGUAGAGAGAUAAGGGAGUCCUGUUCAUCUGCUCCUUGCUCUCUUUUUUCUUGGUUGGUGCAGCUUUUCUGAAAGGUCUUUGAAGAUUGGAAAAAAAUUUUAAGGGUGCAACACUAAUGUUUGGAACAUGGGAAAGAGAGGAAGUUGGUUUUCGGCCAUCAAGAGGGUUUUUGUACACAACUCCAAAGAAAAGUCUGUUGAUGGAUCAGACAAGAAAAACGCUAAGGACAAGAAGAAGGGGCUAGGAAUAUUAAGGCAUGGACAGACCAAAUCAUUUAUUCCUUUCUUUCGGGAGCCGAGCAGUAUUGAGGAGAUAUUGGGUGAAGCAGACAACCAGAAAAUACUUGUCAGGCCUCCUACACCUUCUGAAAAGCCAAAUUCACCACCAUUUUUGCCUGCAAAGCCAGCAUCUCCAAGGGUUGCCUCUCCAAAGGUUGCCUCUCCAAGGGUCGCUUCUCCUAGGGCUGCUUCUCCGAGGGUUGUUUCUCCAAGAGUUGCUUCCCCUAGGGCUUCUGCAACUAGCGUAGCUCAUCAACGUAAAGAAAUCAGUUAUGCCUACAGACCAGAACCAACUCUAAGAAAUCACCAUCUUUCUGCCACAAAGAUUCAGGCUGUUUAUAGAGGUUAUAUGGCAAGGAGAAGUUUUAGAGCUUUGAGGGGUCUGGUGAGGCUUCAAGGAGUGGUCAGAGGCCAGAAUGUGAAGCGACAGACGAUAAAUGCAAUGAAACAAAUGCAGCUCUUGGUGAGAGUUCAAAUUCAAAUACAAUCACGAAGGAUCCAAAUGCUAGAGAAUCAGGCACUCCAGCGCCAAGCUUACAAGAAUGACAAGGACGUUCAGAGUACCCUGAGCAAAUGGACAAUGGGGCAGCUAUCUGAGGCAGGUUACAAUGAAGAAUGGGAUGAUAGCUUGCUAACAAAAGAGGAAAUCGAGGCAAGGUUGCAGAGAAAAAUAGAGGCAGUCAUGAAGAGAGAAAGAGCCAUGGCCUAUGCAUAUUCCCACCAGUUGUGGAAAUCCAAUCCUUUAUCGUCUCAAACACCUCUAGUGGACAUACAAUCUGGUGGAUUUCCCUGGUGGUGGAAUUGGUUAGACCGCCAGCUACCUCCAGCAAAUCCUUCUGAAAGCCAAACUGCCAUGAAAAAUGUUCAUCGAACGCCUCCAAGGCCAACUUCAGGGAUGAAACUGAGUCCACGACCCCAAACAAGCAACUACAAGCAGCAUAAUUUUGAAUUUGACAAUCAUGACACAGCCACACCAAGGUCAUCAAAAUCAACAGUACCUGUGAGAACCAGACAACUGUAUACUCCAUGGAGAACCCCACCUGCAAGCAGCUCAAAUCUAAUGAAGUAUUCAAGACCAAGAGCUAGCGCAGCUGACUCUACUUUUGAUGUGCAGUUGAAGGAUGAUGACAGCCUCACAAGCUGCCCACCUUUUUCAGUUCCAAACUACAUGGCACCAACUGUUUCAGCUAAAGCUAAGGUGAGAGGAACUAACAAUGUUAAGGAGAGGGUACCAGGUACUCCGAGCAAUGAGUCAAAGAGGAGGUUUUCGUUCCCUUUGACUCCAAACAUUGGAUCUUUUAAGUGGAACAAAGGGUCUAGCAAGGAUUCUACUUCUCAAAGGGUGUUGGAAAAACAUGUGUCUAUGCAUUCUGUAGGGGAUUUGAGUGUGGAUUCAGCCAUGUCUAUGCCUGCUGCAGUUGGGAGGAAGCCAUUUAACCGAUUUGUGUGAUUCAUUUUCCUUUUACAUUUUUAAUUUGUCAACCUUUGUUUUAACUAUUGGGGCUUCAUGUUUCACCAUUUAUUUUUUGCUUUUAUACUGAAUGUAUGGUGAGAUGUUAAUUACAAAUGCUGAUGUAUAAUAAUAAGGAAACAGUAGAAAUGAUGGUUUGAAUGAAACAAGAUUUGGGUUUUUGAAGAUAUAGUGUGCACAUGCCUUCUGUUGGGCUGCAUUGCCCGCUAAACGUUCUCUCCAGUCAUUUCAGUUGCAUCCAAAAGCAAGUCGUUAUGAUGUACUGCUGCGAAGAAUUUGGAGGAGAAAUAAAUUUUUUUAUUUUAUUUUUUGGGGUCUGGGAGGAGAAGAAGUUGACAAGUCAAAGUUCUUUUGUUCUUUUGGGACUCCUUGUUUGUUUGUAAUGUUGAAUUGAAUGUUACUGAUAUGUUCCUCACCUUAUUGAAGAAAUAAAGAAUGCCCGAAGAACUUGAAUAGAGGUGGACAAUAAACGCGAGCACCAGGUGGAAUGAUUUUCUCGAGGAUGCCUGAAUCAUUAUUUGUGGUUGGACAUUUGAUUUUGUUAUUGUAUUCUGUAUUGGGUUCAUUGUAUUAGUUUUGUUGUUGGAAAAUUAUGCUCU